AUGUCUUCGUCUGAAGAGCCCAUUCCAAUCGAGGUUCCUGCCGAGGUCCUCGCCUCAGAUGUCGAUGCGGAAAACCAGCCCCCGGCCACCCCGGUCGAGUCCACCAUGCUCUCCGGUAGCGAAGAUGUCACCAGCCCCGAGGCUUCGAAGGAAAACAACCCGAAUCCUUCCCCAGCCAAAGCUAGUCCAAGCUCGACAACAUCUAAGCAGCCGGAGAAGGGAACAACCACUACCAAGCGACCAACUUCUACAGUCUCGAAGGCUGCGACUACCUCGAGUACGCGGCCCAGCUCUAGUGGCACGUUGAACAAACCUCCUACUCGUCCUACCACUACCAGCACAGCAACCCGCAAGCCCUUGAGCACUUCGACGACGUCUUCGCACCGAUCUCGUGCGUCUAUCAGCAGUUCCGCAGACGAGAAGCGCUCUGUCGCUAGCUCUGGAGAUGAGAAGCGCUCUAUCUCGGGCACAGCCAAGCGCAUGUCUGUGGCCGGCUCGACAAGCACUCGCACCCCGCUAAAGCCCUCAUCCACUACGUCCACCGCUGAGCGUAGAUCGAGUGUUCUUGGCUCAUCCGCAGACCGCAAGACUGCUCCUUCAACGGCCACAUCUCGCACCGCGACGUCUUCUACGGCAAGCAAGCCAGUGGGCAGACUGACAUCCUCGACUCCCUCAACGACCCGCCCCACGUCCACUACAGCCACAUCUCGCACAGCUACCACCCGCCCUGCUACAUCCACUACAGCCUCGCGCACCCCGACAUCCUCUACCGCAGAUCCAAAGAAACGUCUUAGCACUAUCUCUGGUGCCACUUCGAGAAGUGCCGGAGACUCUGAAAAGUUGCAGGCUCUCCAAGCCAAGCUCACAGAAAGCGAAGAGAAUGUUGCGAGUCUGAAGACCGAACUCGAAAAUGUGAACGAGAAGCUGAGCCAGCUUUCUGUCUCUACAGGGGAGACCCCUACAGAAAAUAGCAAUGCCGAGGCCACCCGUGCAGAGCACGCAGCUGAGGUAGAGAAACUCACUGCUGCUCAUGCAGAGGAACUCCAAUCUCUGCAAGCUCGUCUGGAGGAGGCUGAGGCCCAACGCAAGGAACUGGAAGAGAAGUCACAGAAGGAGCUUGAGGAGGCUAAGCAGUCUGCCACUGCUCAAGGCAAUGACCAGGCUGCCACCGCCCUGGAGGAACUCAAGGGAACACACAAAGCUCAGCUGGAAGCUCUCGAAAAAGAGCUAGGAGACCACAAGGCUACUGCCACUAACCUUGAGGAACAGAUCCAGGUCUUGAAGAAAGAGCUGGAAGAGCAAAAGACUUCUUUGACAGAGGAGAAACUCUCAGCUGUUGAUCAAAUCACGCGAGAGCUAACAGGUCGUGAACAAGUUCUUGACAACCUCAAGGCCGAAUUGUCCAGAAAGAACGAUGAGAUUCAGGCGACGAAAGAAGAUUCCGAGAAACAGACCUCCGAGCUCCAAGAAAAGAUUUCUAUUCUGGAGGCCAAGAUCACAGAGUCCGAGUCCGCCGCUCAGGAAAGCUCCGACGGCAUCACCAGCUCUCUCGCUGAGAAGGAAAAGGAAAUCACAGAUCUGAGGGAGUCCCUCGGAAAGCUGCAGACAGAACUGCAGCAGGUUCGUGAUAGGGCUACGGCUGACUUGGACACGAAGAUCAAGGAAUUGGAGACGUCCCAUGAAACUACCAUCACAAACCUGAAGUCUGAGCACAGCGAAGCUAUAAGUAAGCUGUCUAGCUCGCACGCUGAAGCCCUCGCUGUCGCUACAGCUGCCGCCGAGUCAUCUGGCACAGAACACUCCCAGCAGCUACAAGAACUGCGCGACGCCCUGGAAUCCUACAAGACCACCGCCCAGGCUGAGCAGGACCGUGCUGUCUCUGAGCUCAAGGAGUCCCACGGACUCGAGCUUAAGGCUCUCCAAGAGAAGCUCGAGGAGUCUGAGAAGGCACUUGCUGAAUCCCUCCAAGCUCAAGAAGAAGGAAAUGCAUCUGUCCAAGAGUCUGCCAAGCAAGAGAUGGACGCUCUCCGCCAGAGGUGUGACGAACUGGAGUCGCUCCUCUCAGAAGGGUCCGGCAAGAUUGAGGCUUUGAAGCAGGAGGGCGAGUCUAAGUCUAAGGAUGUCGAAGCCGACAGUAAGCUGAAGGAGCUCGAGGAUAAGGCAGCUGAGGCUACUCGACUCCUUGAAGAGCACACUGCGCAGGCCGCGCAGGCCGCCGAGAAGCAUAUUCAAGAUCUUGAGGCCAUCAAGGCUGAGCACGCCAUCGAACUGGAACGUGUCCAACAAAAUGCCUCCGGUUCCCACGCCGAUGCCAUGAAUGAACUGCAGCGGAAGCAUGAUGACCUGUCUUCCAAGAAUCGCGAGUUAGAGGAAAACAUAUGCCACGCCCUUGAGGAAGAACUCAAGUCCAACCAAGAACGUCAUCUUGCUGAAAUCGCUGCCCAUUCCGAGGGGCGUGAGAAGGAGAUUGCCGAUCUCCAGAAGCAAAUUCAGGAGUCUCAGGCUAAGUCUCAGUCCGACUUGGAGGCCCUGCAGGCCUCAAGCAUCGCCAUCAAGGAAUCGCAUGCUGAGGAGAUUGCCAGCCUUCAAAAAGCAUUUGAGGAAAACCAGGCCAAGCUGCAGGCGGAAUUGGAGGCUGCCAAGACUGCUAAGUCUGCUGAUGCCGAGGCUGAACAUGGCCAAGCUAUUGAGGAGCUACUCACUAUGAGCGAUGCCAAGCUAGCAAAUUUGCGUGAGGAACUUGAAGCAUCGAACAAGGCCAAGAUUGAUGAGCUGCAGAAAGCCCACGACACUGCUCUUGCAAACGUCAACGAGCAGCUUUCUCAAGCCAAAUCUGCUGUCGAAGAUACUUCUGUUCUUGAUGGAUUAAAGGCUACUCUCGCCGAGGUCGAGCAGAAACUAGCAGACUCGGUCGCUGCCCACACAGCUGCCCAAGAAGCUGCAAAUGCUUCCACCCGCGAGCUUCAGGACAAGCACGCUACCGAACUCACUAAGAUCCAGAACCAGCAAUCCGAGCUAACCACCAAGCAUGACGCGGCUCUUGCCCAAGUCGAGCAGCUUCAGAAGUCUCUCGCUGCCUCUAGCAGCACAGAUGUCGAGCUUCAAUCAAUCACCAAGGAGCUCUCUCAGACUCAGCAAGAGCUUGCAUCUCUCAAGGAGAAGCAUGACGCCACCAUCGAAGAGCUAGAAAAGUUACGCGUGGCGAGCAAGGCCUUUGAAGAAAAGAUCAGCGCCGAUGAACAGAACCUGCACGCGCAGAUCGACAAGAACAUGGCCCUCCUCGAAAAGCUUGGCGAGGUGGAGUCCCAGAUCUCCAGCCUUCGCCGCCAAAACCGUGAACUCGAGGCUGAGCUCGCUUCCGUCAAAGGCGACUCCGCGAAGGAGAAACCAUCUGGAUUGAAUGCCAGUCGAUGGGCAACCGAUGAGAACCAACAGACUGAAGAGAAAGGUCCAGCCGCAGAAGGUGAGGACCUAGGACCAUCCAUCGAGGGAACGAUGGCAAGCAUCCAGGAACAGCUUAAACACAUUCGAUCGGCGAACAAUGAGUGGCUAGAUGAGCACCGCAGGCUUAUCGAAGAUCUUGCCUCGUUCUCCCGCAAGCCCACCCCGCGCCCCGAAGCCAAACUUCUACUCCAGGUACCGAAGGCCUCCUCUCCGCCGCCGAGUCAGAAGGCACCGGCGAUCAACUCGAAGAAGUUCGCGCUGCAUAGUUGUUCUGAUUUAGUACUGCAGAUGUAG